AUGCCUCUGCCAAAUAUCCUGAAAAAGGCAAGCAGUUACAUUUUAGGCGAUUGUAAUCAGGACAGUCGCCGUACUAUGUACCAGGAUGGUGAGGCGUUGUUUUGCAAGAACAACGUGUGCGUUCACCCGCCGACAUUGAUGCGACAGAACACCGACGUGGUGCAUCAUCCCGGUUACAUGGCCAUAACCUGUAGGUUCAAUAAGAAUUCGAAUGUACCAACGUUACACCUCAGUUGGAUACCGAACAGCACGCUCCGUAAACACCCGACCACGUUGGAGAACUUGAGCGCGAGAAAGCCCGACUGCGCUUCCCAUCGGGACGUCGAUAUAAGCUCCCACCAUUCCCAAAUAUCGGAGGAGAGCUGCGACCUGAAAUGCGAAUACGAGAAUACCAGCGAGAAGGUGGACGUCUGUUUAGAGGUAAAGGAACCGGUCAAUUGCGGGGACUGCGAGCGUGUUUGCUCUGGCGGUGGUUUUCCGCGAGGUGGACGUCUCGAGAAUGAUAACACGAGAAACAAUGACGGGGAGAACGUGUGCGAUCAUCGAACUGUGCCCACGUCAGAGACCAAGGAUACACCGAGCAUCAACAUCAAUCGACAAACGAACUAUCACCGGUCGGAUGGUUCAUCGACCACGAUACACGAGGAAAGUGACCACAGCAUCAAUUUGAAUCAACUGCGUUCCCAGUCUCUGGCUUCGAAGCACAACGAGAAUCAACACGGCAAAGAUCAAAAACUCUCGGAAUCGCACGAAAACGAUGGGAUCGCUGUCGACGAGGAAUUGAAAUACCCUUACUGCGAUGACGCCAGCCUGAAGAGCCGUAGCAUGUCAUUAACCUCCACGUGUAGCUUGUCUGUCGGUGUGUCCUCGGAAGCUGAAGAAAUUCCAUCAUGGAUGAGAUCACCUGAACUUCUAGCUUUACAGCAUAAUCUGACAUUUCCUGAAAGUGCAACAGCCUCACCAGUGACAUUGCGCAGAGCACACAGGUGUAGAAGAUUUUCCGUAGAUCUCAGUGAAAUGAGAUCCCUAAGAUUGUUUUUUGCUGAUCCAGCUUGUACUUCUGGUCAACUUGUUGUUGCAAGUCGAGAGAGCCAAUAUAAGAUUCUGCAUUUCCACCAUGGUGGAUUAGAUCGAUUGGCAGCAACUUUACAUCAGUGGCAUCAAUUGCUUUAUCCUCGCUUAGAUACAGAUGCCGAGGAGACACUUCCGUACAGGCAUUUCAUGGUGUGUAGACCAGAGGUAAGUCGCGAUGAACUGCACCCAGAAGAGGGACAAGUACCAAUGAUUACAUCUCUAGCCUGGAAGGAUUUGUUAAAUGAGAGAGGUCAGGUAGAGGAUGAUCUCGCUCUUCGUAAAGGAAUAUUUUUUGGUGGACUGGAACCUGCAUUAAGAAAAAUUGUUUGGCCUUUCCUUCUUCAUUGUUAUUCAUACCAAAGUACCUAUGAAGAUAGAGAACAAAUUGAUGCCAUUCGUAGACAGGAGUAUGAAGAAAUACAAAAACGUAGACUUAGUAUGGGCCCGGAACAAGCAGAACAUUUUUGGAGGAAUGUGGUGUGUAUCGUAGAAAAAGAUGUAGUUCGUACUGACAGAGGAAACCCAUAUUAUGCUGGGGAGGAUAAUCCAAAUAUUGAAAUAAUGAAAAAUAUUCUAUUAAACUAUGCAGUUUAUAAUUCUCGAUUAGGAUAUACUCAAGGUAUGUCUGAUUUAUUGGCUCCUUUAUUGGCUGAACUUAAUUCCGAAAUCGAAGCAUUCUGGUGCUUUGCUGGCUUAAUGCAAAGAUCUGUUGCCGUGUGUACGCCUACUGAUGUAGAUAUGGACAGAAAUUUGUGUUACUUAAGGGAAUUAGUUAGAAUAAUGGUGCCAGAUUUUUAUGCACAUCUUCAAAAACAUACAGAUGCCUUGGAACUUCUAUUUUGUCAUAGAUGGAUACUAUUAUGUUUAAAACGUGAAUUUCCUACUGAAGUAGCGUUAAUAAUGUGGGAAGCUUGUUGGGUAAAUUAUUUAACCGACCAUUUUCAUCUCUUUCUUUGCCUUGCCAUAAUGUGUGUUUACGCGGAUGAUGUGAUAGCUCAAGAUCUGAGAACGGAUGAAAUGCUAUUGCAUUUUAGUUCUUUAGCUAUGUAUAUGGAUGGAAAUCUUAUAUUAAGAAAGGCAAGAGGCCUACUUCAUCAUUUUCGUCAGCUGGUACGUUUACCGUGCACAUUAGCAGGACUCUGUCGACAAUGCGGUCCAGGAAUGUGGGAUAGCACUCAUGACCCCGUCAUAGAAUGUGUGGAUCAUAACGAUGCACCUUGUCCAUAUUUGAAUAAUUAUGAAUAACGACCUAAUUGAAUGAAAAUGAGAAAAGUAUCCUAUUGUUAAAGCUUUCAAAUUUCUACGUUAACUAAUCAAAUUAAAUGCUGCUCUGAUGUAACAUAAAUAAGUUACAUAAAUCGCAGUUGAUUAAAUGUUGUGUGUAAUAACAGAUGUUAAUGAAAGUAAUAUUUGACUCGCAUAUUGUUUGUACGAAGAAAUUCUUAAUCAAUUUAAUAUCAUGAACAAAAGUAUAUAGGUUUAUAUUAUUAGGAAUUUUAUUUACGCAACUUUAUAAUUAAUAAAUGCUGACUCAAAAAAAUAUGGCAAAUUAAGUUUGGUAAUCAAUAAGAAAUGAAGGACAUAUCUUAAAAUUUAACAUUUAUCGAAAUUGAGUUCAAUUUAAAAUAGCUACAAAAGAUUUUAAUGGUAACAUAUCUACAACAUCUGUAAAACAAAAAUAUUCUAUAUUAAAUAAUUAGAUAGGUCUUCAAAAAUUAUAACGAGUUUUAGUCAAAAAUCUGUAGUACAAUUAAAGACUGACGACCAAAGAAGAAUGGGGUAUAAGUAUAAGCACUUUAGUUUUAAAACCUCCAGACAAAAAGAAGCUUUUCCAUUGAAUAAACAUCGUGCUGUUUAUUUAACAUAUUGAAAAUGUGCCAUUUUUCAGCUUGGUACAAAUUUCAUAAGAUGUGACUUGAAAAUAAAGAAAAUAAGAAUCGAAUUCGAUAUCAG